AUGCAGACUGCUUCUACAAAUAUUUGUGAAAGAAUGGGAUGGAGUCCAUCCGUGAAAGUUCCUGGCUUCUAAGUAUUCCACGGUCAAUUGUUAGUGGUAUUAUAACAAAAAUGAAGCAACUGAGAAUAACAGCAACUCAGCCACAAAGUGGUAGGCCACGUAAAAUGACAGAGCAGAGUCGGCGCAUACUGAAGCGCAUAGUGCGCAGAAGUCGUCAACUGUCUGCAGAGUCAAUAGCUAAAGACCUCCAAACCCCAUGUGGCCUUCAGAUGAGCACAACAGUGUGUUGAGAGCUUCAUGGAAUGGGUUUCCAUGGCUGAGCAGCUGCAUCCAAGCCUUAGAUCACCAAGUGCAAUGCAAUGUAUCAAAUGCAGUGGUAAAAAAAUCAUGCCGCCACUGGACUCUA